UUUGGUUUUUAAUUAUUGAAAUUAGAAUAUCACUGUUUUGAAGAUGUCUGUCAUCUUGAACACCGAUCAUAACAAUCCGAGAUCUUUCUGAGCAUGAAUAUGCCCAAUCUCUUACCCAAUGCUGAAAGAAGGAAGUUGACAAAGCAAUAUUAAGAAGCAUGCUCAUCUGCAUAAUAAGAGUAGUUUGAAUAAAGUUUUUUCCUUCAUCGUUAGGUAGCUUAUGUGAGAAAAAGGGCCAUCUGAGUGGAGGAUGAACCAAGCAAGCUUAGAGAACGAACAACCCUCCAAAAUCGUUCUCCAGGCUGUCACAGAGUUUAACCAAGGAAGAAGAUUCAAGAACUCCUUACCUCUCUUGUCGAGCUUUGAUGCAGUGGUUCAGGUAUAUCGUCCUCCAUUUAUAC